AUGCCUGGCUCGUUGCAGAGUUUACAGGAGACACUAGGAACGGAAGCAAGCCCGAAUGCAAUGCAAGCAUCCCCAACGAAACACCUAUUCGAAGAACACGUCGUAGGCGAGAAGUACAAGGAGUUCCUUCUUUCCACAUACCUCCUCCCCAUACUUCAGGAUCUCAAAUGCACAAAGCACAACACCUCUCAAUCCACGUGCGCUCGUACUGCGCCUACGCACGAAUUUAUCCGCCAACUUGCGAGCUUUGCGAAGAGCUUGUCCUAUGUCAUCAAUUUGCGCGACAUGUGCGCUCGCAAGGUUAAUUCACCAAGUCUAGUGGAACAGCUUCAAAAAUGGAAGGAAUUUUCGAGGGAGCUGGCGCUGAGUUCUGGGUCAAGACCGGUAGAUCUACUAGUCGGCACUCCAAUGAAGCUUCUUGACAUGGAGCGCGGGAGAGGUUGGAACUGGAAGGAGCGGAUAGGGAAGAAAGCCGAAGAGCACGAGGAUGUGAAGGAAGAAGACGGGGGCGACAAAGACUCACCGCGAGAGUUCUGGAUUGACGAACCCGAGAUGGGCUCGGAGAACGUGGAGUGGGUAGUUGUAAACGAGGGAGACGUCUUGUUCGAUCUGGACUUCCAAGAAUACACUAGCAUGCUUCUUGUAGAUAUUGCAGCAGCACGUGGAUUGCCUGUCCAAGUGGUCCCUUCCUCAGCCCUAUCCUCGACCCCGGAUUCAGAAAUAUCCGCACAACCAAUUUCCUGCCCAUUCAACUUCAUUCUCACCAGCGCAACAAUCCCCACGUUCCUGACUAUCUUUCAAACAACCACCCAAGACACCUCAUGGACAGACGGCAACAAGAGCACAGACAUCGAACGCCGCAUUUGUCGUGUAUGGGCCGAAGACGCCCUCGUGCACUCCAAGACCGCCACAGGCCCCGACCCCAUCAAGCUAUCCAAGCUCUUCGUCUUCUGCAACAAACGGCACAAAGUCGAGCAAUUCGCUGCCUUCCUCGACGGCCGUGGCUUCAAAACGCGCAAACGAGGGUUGAAUCACCAUCUUGAUGUGUCCUUGAAGACGCGGGCAGGGAAUGUGGUGGUGUUUGGGAGGGCAAAGGGGAGGGCGGUUGGGCGGACGGAGGAGGUUAACCAGAGGGUCAGGGCCGUUGCUGGGUAA